AUGGGUGGUGAAGCCUCGAAGGGGCAGCGCUUACCGUUUCCCAGCCAAUGGAAAGGGAGUCUGGAAGAUGCGUUGAAGGUGGUCAAUGAGCAGAUUCUGCCCCUCAGCACCGAAAACUUCGCAUCUGUCGAGGCUCCAAUGGUUCAGCUGUCUCCGGAGAUUUGGCAUUUCGAAGACUUCUUGGACCAUGCAGAAGAAUCGCUAGAACGAUAUCCGCAACUUGGAAAGCGGAUCGACAAGAUGGUUCCCAAAGUUCUUCUGGAACCAGAAUUUUGGCGACUGUUUUUUUGCCACCUCUAUCGCGGACUGCAUGCGAGCCCCCAGGAGCUGACUACAGAACUGCUGGAAGAGGAAUCUGACAAGACCUCCAAUGCCAUCAUAUCUUGCUUUCGAGAUUCAGCCACCUUCAAGGUCCUGGCGCAAAGCGAGACGGAAGCCAUUCUGCAGCGCGACGCGGAGGAUGCAGAGAAGCUGGCUGCAGGCAUUGCAAAGGCUGUUGCCAAGGGUGUUUUGGAAGCGAAUCCCCCAGUCGAAGCCACUUUUAAAGUGGAUGUGCUGGGCAAAAGUGCGGAUGCAGUGGCUGAGGGCAUUAUUGAUAGACUCGGUAAGGCCCCUGCAAGUGGAUGUAUCCUUGUUCUAACUGGCUUGAGUGGGACUGGCAAAGGAACUACAGUUUCCAAACUUCAAGCAAGCUUGCCCAAUGCGGCAAGUUGGUCAAAUGGCAAUGUUUUCAGGGCUCUCACCUUGCUUGCAGUGACGCAUUGUGAACAAUCGAACCUUGAGUUCAAGGGAGAAGUGCUCACCCCGGACUUGUUGCAAAAGUUCAUUUCAUGCCUUGAGUUCAGUAAGUUCAAUGGUCGCUUUGACAUCCGAAUAUGUGGGCUCGGUUAUGAUUUACUGGUGUCAGAAGUGGCAAACACUGUCCUGAAGGAACCACGGGUGAGCAAGAACAUUCCAACAGUAGCUGAGAUGACACAAGGGGAGGUGGUGUGUUUUGCUGCAAAGGCGGCUGAACUGAUGCGAGCUGAUGGCAUGAACGUGUUGAUGGAAGGCCGUUCGCAGACGUUGGACUACAUUCGAACCCCGCACCGGUUUGAGCUGACCUUGCCAGAACCUAUCAUUAUUGGCAUGAGACGUGCCGCCCAGCGCAUGAUGGGCAGUGCGUUGCAAGCCAUUCGGUCUGCAUCCCCAUCACAGCGCAAACGUGCAGAUAUUAAGGAGUCACUUAACCUAGCCCUUGCCCAGAUGCUUGUUUCAAGCAUCCCUCAGGAAUCCUUUGGUUACUCAAGUCCUUUGACUGCCACAACCUUGCAAAAUGGGGAUGACUCCGCUAGCAAUGCCAUCAUCUCAAGCUUUUCGUCAGAUUCCCAUUUCCUCGUAUUCUCCCAGAAGGAAACGGAAGCCAUUCUGCAGCGCGACGCGGAGGAUGCAGAGAAGCUGGCUGCAGGCAUUGCAAAGGCUGUUGCCAAGGGUGUUUUGGAAGCGAAUCCCCCAGUGGAAGCCACUUUUAAAGUGGAUGUGCUGGGCAAAAGUGCGGAUGCAGUGGCUGAGGGCAUUAUUGAUAGACUCGGUAAGGCCCCUGCAAGUGGAUGUAUCCUUGUUCUAACUGGCUUGAGUGGGACUGGCAAAGGAACUACAGUUUCCAAACUUCAAGCAAGCUUGCCCAAUGCGGCAAGUUGGUCAAAUGGCAAUGUUUUCAGGGCUCUCACCUUGCUUGCAGUGACGCAUUGUGAACAAUCGAACCUUGAGUUCAAGGGAGAAGUGCUCACCCCGGACUUGUUGCAAAAGUUCAUUUCAUGCCUUGAGUUCAGUAAGUUCAAUGGUCGCUUUGACAUCCGAAUAUGUGGGCUCGGUUAUGAUUUACUGGUGUCAGAAGUGGCAAACACUGUCCUGAAGGAACCACGGGUGAGCAAGAACAUUCCAACAGUAGCUGAGAUGACACAAGGGGAGGUGGUGUGUUUUGCUGCAAAGGCGGCUGAACUGAUGCGAGCUGAUGGCAUGAACGUGUUGAUGGAAGGCCGUUCGCAGACGUUGGACUACAUUCGAACCCCGCACCGGUUUGAGCUGACCUUGCCAGAACCUAUCAUCAUUGGCAUGAGACGUGCCGCCCAGCGCAUGAUGGGCAGUGCAUUAGAAGGCUUGAAGCGAAAUCCCCAAACAGAUGCCUAUCAUGCAUUGAGAGAUGCAUUGUUUCGAAUGCUUUAUCCCUCUGAAGGGAUAUGACCUAGCUUUGCACACACUCGUGAAGCUGGCAAAAAAUGCAACGCUUCUGCACAUCCGAGUGGUGUAAGAAA